ACUCCGUAUUUUUUUGCGGUAGACGAGCAUCCGAGAUCGUAGGUACCUGCUCGAUUUGUUAUUGUUUUGUGUUUUUGUUGUCGUUCACCCUGAAACCCAGCUACCUUUUUACAGAAAUCGUAACCGUCCUAAGAUGCUACCCUGAGAAACAUUCUUUUGUGGAUCUGUGAGCGUGUUUUAAACAAAAAGAAUAAACAGUUAUAGAUAGUUAUCACUAUUUUUUUUAAUAAAUUCGUUGAAUAAUGGUAUGAACUAAAAUUUAAGGGGUUGUUUACGUCGUUUUUGCCCCUUUCGAGAUGUUGUAUGUGUUCGUAUUUGUAGUGCUUUUUGCAUUUUUAGCAAAAUCUCAGGAUAUUCAGGAUCCUUCGGAUACGUUUGGAAUAGAAACAGGGGGGUUAUGUGCGAAUAACCAGUAUAUGUGUAAGGAUGGUAAAUGUAUUCCUGCUAGCUGGGUCUGCGACACCAGCUUAGAUUGCGACGAUGGCAGCGACGAAACUGAAGAUUGUCAAAGGAAACAUAAUUGCAGAGCGGAUCAGUUCCAGUGCGCUUUGACCAAAAAAUGCAUACCUACAGGUUGGGUGUGCGACGAGGAAAAAGACUGCGGCGUUUCCCCCGACUUGGGUCCCGAUAUAUCCGACGAAGACCCGAAACGUUGCGCGAAAGAAGCCAAAUGUAAGUGGAACGAAGAAUUAUGCGGAGAAGGUUCGGAAUGUAUACCGAUAAAAAAAUUUUGCGACGGACACGGCGAUUGUUUAGGUAACAGCGACGAAUGGGAUUUUUGUCGAAACGACACCGUAGUAUGCGACAAAUUACAAUGUUCGUUCGGUUGUAAACCGACGCCGAAAGGUCCGCAAUGUUACUGUCCGGACGGAAAGAAAAUUUCGGAAAAUAAAUGCGUCGAUGCCGACGAAUGCGAAAUUGAAGAAUCUUGCGCUCAACUUUGUAUAAACACGAUCGGUUCGUUUUUAUGCUCGUGCGUUUCUGGUUAUAAACUUAAUGGGACUGAAUGUACCGCGAUUAAUUUUCCUGCGGCUGAACCACCGUCUUUAAUUUUUUCCACCCAAACGGAAAUUCGUAGGGUGACUUUGGAAGGUAAACCUUUUCCUGGUAACUCAACUCUACGUCUUCUGAAUAGCAACGCUUUGGAGUUCAUUCACAGGAAUCACACUGUUUGUUAUGUUCACCACAAUGUGACUAAAGCUCACUUUAUGUGCGCUAAUAUCAACGAUUUGAAUCAACGUUGGGCGAACGAUGUGGAAUCGCCUCUACUAGAAAUUGAUUUAGUACAACAACUCGCUUUGGAUUGGAUAACGGAAAAUUGGUACUUCAUGGACGACCAAAGGGAAAUCAUACUAGUUUGUACACAUAAUUUGAGAUGGUGUCAUAUUCUAGUAGAAUACGAUCUAAGUAAACCAAGAGCUAUAGCUCUGGAUCCGACGACCGGUUAUUUAUUUUUCACCAAAUGGGGCCACUCUUCACCGAUGUUAGAAAGGAUACAUAUGGACGGUUCUAAUAGAAUAUCCAUCGUUAACCACACCAUCGUCUACCCUUAUGGCAUAGCCAUAGAUUUUCCCACCAAAAGAGUUUUUUGGGUAGAUACCUAUUUAGAUUACGUAGACAGUGUCGAUUACGAUGGUAAUAAUAGAAAGACUGUAUUGAGAGGUACCAGAGUGCAAAAUUUGUAUGGAAUAACAGUUUUCGAAAGUCGUUUAUUCGUAUCUUCUUGGUAUAAUAGCAGCAUAUUAGAAUUACACAAAUAUAAACAUCGAGAAAAAAAUGUCGUUGUCAAUAUCAGCAGGCCUUUUAAUGUUUAUGUAUUCCACAGGCAACGACAACCAGAUGUCGCUCAUCCUUGCAAAACAAUGAACGAUUGCGACCAUCUUUGCGUUCCGAUAUGGAACGACGCAAUAGCGAUAAAAAGAUGCGUCUGCGCAACCGGUUACACUUUAACAAAUGUCACUAAAUGCGUAACCAAAAUGCCUUCCAAUUUCCUAAUCAUAUCGAAAAGCCGUCCGUUUUCAAUAAGAGGAAUAGAUUUGGAUACAGGGAAAGAAACAAUAGUUCCUAUAAUGAAUAUUGGCAGGCCUAAAGGAUUAGAUUUCGACGUUAAAACCAGAUCGAUAUUCUACGCGGACUCACACGCGAUGACUGUUAACAGAGUGUCUAUAGAUAAUACGACGGACCGGACGGUUAUUAUUAACAACGUCAUGUGCGACGGAUUGGCUUUCGAUUGGAUAUCGAGAAAUAUAUAUUGGACCAGUUUGGAAAGAGGAAGUAUCAGCGUGACUAAAUUAUCGAAUACUUCCGUAACGAGGACUUUAAUAGAAAGUACUAAUUACAGUCCAACUUCCAUAGCGGUGGAUCCUUAUAACGGGGUGAUGUAUUGGGCGGAUUGGUCGAGCUUAUCUCCGGAAAGAGGACGAGUAGACACCGCCAAUAUGGACGGUAGCAAUAAAAGGGUCUUCCUUAGCGAAAAGAUACACUGGCCGAGCGGUUUGGCGAUAGAUCAUCAGCUUAAGAGGAUCUAUUGGGGAGAUAAACAUUUAAAAAUUAUACAGAGCGUUAAUUUUAACGGUAAAGAUAGAAGAACGGAAAUUUUGGGGAAAUUACAAUCGCCUGUUAGUCUAGCUAUUGGGUUUCGAGGAAAUCAACAUCUGUACUUUAUAGAGAUGGAAAAAGGUGCUAUUAUGUCUUAUAGGAACGAUACUGGAUUGAAGAAAGUGUAUCAAGGGAAUUUGCCUUUAUAUGAUGUUAAGUUGUUCGAUAGCGAAGGACAAAAAGGAGACAACGAUUGCUCAACAACGACGUGCCCCGAACUGUGUUUACCUUUACCCGAUCGAAAAUCGGUGUGCGCUUGCUCUGACGGAUUUCGAUGGAACAACAAUACAUGUAUAAAAUCAAAUAAUGUUACAACUCCGACUAUCUGUCCCCCCCAAACGUUCCAAUGCGCGCAGAAAAAACACUGUAUACCUAAUACGUAUUUGUGCGAUGGCGUAGAUAACUGCGGAGACGGUUCGGAUGAAUCCGCCGAUGAGGGCGGACCGUGCGCCAACGUUUCAUGCGGAGAGAACCAAUUAAAGUGUGAUAAGACAACCUGUAUAGCUAAACAUUGGGUAUGCGACGGGGAGAAAGAUUGCUUAGAUGGUACCGAUGAAGAUCCACAAACUUGUUCGAAAGUAUGCACGCCGAACCAAUUCAAAUGUGAAAAGUCGAGGAGAUGUAUACCGAUGGCUUGGUAUUGUGAUGGAGUCCAUGAUUGCGGAAAUGACGAUGAUAGUGACGAAACUGAUUGCCAGAAUUCUCCUUGUGAAAUGAACGAAUUCGCAUGUAAAAAUGGUCAGUGUAUCGCUUUAAAGUAUUACUGCGAUUCUUUAAAAGACUGCGACGACGGUAGCGACGAAAUAAAUUGCCUAACUUGCAAUCCCCUAAUCGAGAUCCCCUGUAGACCGAAAAACGAAUGUCUGUCGAAAUCUCUAGUGUGCGACGGCAAAACUAACUGUCCCGACGGUUCCGACGAAAGAGAUUGCGAACCGAAAAUUGAAUGCGAAGCCGACGAAUUCAAAUGCUCCAAUUUCGAAUGCAUACCCAAAGAUUUCGUAUGCGAUUCGGAUCUGGAUUGCAUUGACGGUUCCGACGAGAUGAAUUGCGAUCCGGGGAGGAUCAGAAAUGCCACGGCUAAUAAAAAUCAUAGUUUCGUUUGCGAGCCGUUUCACAAGGCGUGCGAUAAUAAUACGAAAUGCAUUUCGCAUAGCAAAUUGUGCGAUAACAGACAGGAUUGUGCGGACGGUUCGGAUGAGAUCGACGAAAUUUGUACAAAUUACAACGCGACCGAUUUAACAUUCUCAACUACCUGCGAAUACCCGUCCAGAUUAUGCGACAACGAUACAAGGUGCAUACAGGUAGACGCUCUUUGCGACGAAAGAAAAGAUUGCGACGACGGCUCGGACGAAGGUUCGAGAUGCUCGGAAAGACUUUGCGAACACAGUUUUACUUGUUCCCACGAUUGUCAUAACGCUCCCGAAGGAUUAUUAUGCACUUGUCCGAAACAUUUGCAUCUGCAAGCGGAUAAAGUUAAUUGUCUGGCGACGCAUCCCUGCGAAGCGUGGGGCGCUUGCUCUCAACUCUGUAUUCCAAGAGGUUCUCGAUACAAGUGUACGUGCCAAGAAGGUUAUGUCAUACAAGAUGACGGUUUCACGUGUAAAAGUACCGACAGCGGACGACCUUACGUCAUUUUUAGUAACCGCCACGAACUCAGAGGCGUCGAUUUACACACGUUCGGUUUAAAAUCGUUUAUAGCCAGUUUAAAAAAUACUAUAACGUUAGAUUUUUAUUAUUCGAACGAUACGAAUAUGAUUUUUUGGACGGACGUCAUAGAUGAUAAAAUUUAUAGAGGAACUGUCGUGGGAGGAUCCUUGGGGAACAUUGAAGUUGUAGUACAAACGGGACUUACCACUGCGGAAGGACUAGCCGUCGAUUGGUUAGGACAAAAUUUAUACUGGGUGGAAAGCAAUCUCGAUCAAAUAGAAGUAGCCAAAUUGAACGGAAGUUUCCGUCGAACUUUGGUAGCCGGGGAUAUGGAAAGUCCUCGAGCCAUCGCCGUAGAUCCAAGAGACGGAUACUUAUUUUGGACGGAUUGGGACAAUCAAUUACCGAGAAUAGAAAGAUGUUCUCUAGCAGGAUUAGACAGAAUGAUUGUUGUAAAAAUCAGUAACAACGGAUGGCCGAACGGUUUAACUCUCGAUUAUACAAUAAGAAGAAUAUAUUGGAUAGACGCCAGAUCGGAUUCGAUUCAUACUUCGAAUUACGACGGCGGGGAUUUACAUGAAGUUAUGAGGAAUCACGAGAUGUUGUCUCAUCCAUUUGCGAUAACCGUUUUCGAAAAUUAUGUAUAUUGGACAGAUUGGCGUACAAAUAGCGUGGUAAGAGCGAACAAAUUCACUGGAGGCGACGUACGAGUGAUACAAAGAACUCUAUCUCAACCGUUCGACGUAAAAAUUCUACAUCCAAGUCGACAACCUCGCGAUGGUAUAAACCCUUGCGGUACAAACAACGGCGGUUGUUCACAUUUAUGUCUCAUACAUUUUAACAACGUUUAUAAAUGCGAUUGUCCGCACGUGAUGCGCUUAAGCGAAGAUAACAAAACGUGCGUCGUCAACGAUAAAGUUUUAUUGAUAGGAAGGAAUAACGAAAUACGAGGCGUUGAUAUUUUACAACCGUAUUAUCACACAAUACCGACUAUUAGUAUACCACAAGUUUCGAGUCCAGUACAAAUCGAAUAUCUGGCUAAAAAUAAAACUUUAUAUUGGGCCGAUUAUCAUAUAAACGAAAUAAAACGUACAAGUUUAACGCACGGACCAUCCGAAACCCUCCUAGAUACCAGUUUACAAAACCCAUCGGGUCUAGCGGUAGAUUGGAUCUCGAAUCUCUUAUACGUUUCGUCGAGAGUCGGUAUAACGGCGUCUAACCUCAAAGGUGAAUACAUAACGGUAAUAAUCGACAAUUCUAACGUCUUAUCGGUGUGUUUGAAUCCACCAGAAGGUCAAUUGUUUUGGAUUUCGUCUUCGAACGAUACGGAAAUUAUAGAAGCCAGCGCCAUGGACGGUACUUCUCGUAGAAUAAUCGUACCUUACACUAAACCGAAUUCGAAAAGUUUAACUAUCGACGUGAAAUCGUCGGCGUUAUUUUGGAUAAGUUCUUUGGAAGUAUAUUAUAGUAGUUUGGACGGUACUAGCGUGAGAAAAUUGAAAUUAUCCGAACAGGUUACCGUUUCCGCUAUAGCGGUAUACCACGAUAAACUGUAUUUCGCCGACGAUAACGAUCAAUCGAUUCAUUCCGUUGAUAAAUUGAGCGGCGAUAACGAUACGAUAUUGAGAAAUAGUACCGGCGGUGUUUUAGCCUUGAGGAUAUACGAUCCCGAAGAACAGAAAGGGACGCAUAUAUGCGAAAAUAAUAAAUCCGGUUGUAGACAUUUGUGUUUACCGAUUUCUACGACGAGUUUCAGUUGCCAAUGCGCUAUCGGGUAUUAUAAAGAUCCUAGUAACUCCUACGAGUGUAUAGGAGUCGAAGAAUUUUUGUUUUAUUCGAUAAAUUGGGAGUUGCACGGUUUAUCGUUAGACGGUAAAAACGAUACGCAAGUUUUAGGACCGAUUUCUAGAAUAUCCAGUGCUACUACUACCGAUUACCUAGCCGACGAAGAUCUGGUGUUUUGGGCCGACAGCGAACACGGUACUAUUAGUAAAGUACGUAGAGACGGUACCGAUAGAAAUUUCAUCUUAGAACAACCGGAAAUAUUAGAAAAUACCCCCGUGGAUUGGUUGACUGGUAUGGCUAUCGAUUGGAUAGCCAAAAAUAUUUAUUGGUGCGACGCGAAGAGAGGUACUAUCGAAGUAGCGCGGUUAGAUGGUACUAAACAAAACGUUUUAUUAUCGUACGAAAUAGGGAAACCAAAUUCGUUAGCGGUGGAUCCACUUAGAGGGUACUUGGUAUGGUCUAGUGGUACCAGAAUCGAAAUAGCUACUUUAGACGGUCAAAAUCGAAGAUUAUUAGUAACGGACGCCAAAUUCGUUUCUGAUGUAACAUUAGAUAUGUUAAACGAAUUUGUAUAUUUCACUGAUAUACAAGCGAAUACCAUAGAAAGGGUUAGUUAUUACGGUAUGAAGAGAUCCGUUAUGCUCAAUCGAUCUUUAGAGAAUCCAAUCGCCUUAACAUUUUAUAAAGACACUAUUUAUUGGCUGGAUACUACUUAUGAAAAAGGAAGCAUCUCUUCCGUUUCAAUUUCUAAUUUAACCGAACCUAAAUUACUUCUAAACGAUUUAGGAGAUUCGCUUAAAGAUAUACACGUAUUUUCUAAAGAAAAACAAAAAGGUACGAAUCCAUGCGGUACCGAUAACGGCGGCUGCGAACAAUUGUGUUUAUUCAAUAGUACCCAUCCCGUUUGCGUUUGUUCCCACGGAAGAAUCUCCUCCGACGGUAAAACUUGCGAACCUUUCGAUAGUUUCGUCAUGUAUUCCAGAGUGAUAAGUAUAGACUCGAUACAAAUGGUCGGCGAUAAGAAUCUUCAGAAUUCGCCACAACCGACAAUUAGAAACGGUACGAUGUUGAAAAACGCGAUCGGUUUAUCGUUCAGCUACAAACAUCAGCGAUUGUUCUAUUCGGAUAUACAGAAGGGAUCCAUAAACGCGGUUUACUUCAACGGCAGCGAUUAUAGAACUAUAGUGGAGAGACAAGGUUCCGUUGAAGGUCUAGCUUACGAACAAGUCCAUAAUUCUCUAUAUUGGACUUGUAAUAACGACGCUACUAUCAAUAGAGUUAAUUUAACCGAUAAAUUAACGAAUUCCAGCGUCGUGGAAACGAUAGUGCGUAUGCGCACUCAAGAUAAACCGCGCGGUAUAGCGGUGGACAGUUGCGGUAGUCGCGUCUAUUGGUCGAAUUGGAAUCCGCAACAACCUACUAUCGAAAGGGCCUUCUUGACCGGUUUCGGUAGAGAGAGUAUCAUUAAAACGGAUAUAAGGAUGCCAAAUGCCAUUACUUUGGACCACAAAGCUCAAAAGUUGUAUUGGGGGGACGCCAGAUUAGAUAAAAUAGAGAGAUGCGAAUACGACGGGACCAACAGAGUCGUUUUGGCCAAAGUGACGCCACAACAUCCUUUCGCAUUGGCAGUCUACGGAGAUUUCAUUUAUUGGACAGACUGGAUGUUACACGCGGUGAUAAGAGCUGAUAAACUAACUGGACAAUACACGGUACUUCUUAGAAGAGACGUAGCUAGACCCAUGGGUAUAGUAACGGUGGCAAAUGAUACCGAAGAUUGUUUUUCGAAUCCUUGCUUAAUACAAAAUGGAUUCUGCGAGGAAAUAUGCGGAUUGUCAGCUUCUGGACAGGUCGAAUGUUCUUGCCAAGAUGGACGCGUGUUGUCAGAACAAGGUAGAUGCAGAGCUAAAAUCGUCACCAACUGCACCAACGACGGCGAUUCCUUCAGAUGUUCAGACGGUGGAUGUGUACCGUUCCAUCUUACCUGUGACGGUAUUCCUCAUUGUGCCGACAGAUCGGACGAGGAACCUGGGUACUGUGGUUACCGUUCGUGUCCUUUAGGUUGGUUCCCUUGUCAAAAUAAGAUGUGUAUAUCACUUAAUUUGACUUGUAACGGCGUGGACGACUGCGGGGAUUCCACCGACGAACAAAACUGCUCUUGUCCGGAAGAAACUCACUUCAGAUGCAAAAACGGAGAAUGUUUGGAUAUUGCGCAUAGGUGCGACAACGAACCGGACUGUCAAGAUAAAACGGACGAAAUCGGUUGCGAAAUGCCGAAUUGCAAAGAAAAAUAUGGUGAACAUUUCGCAAAUUGUAAACUUACAACAACUUGCAUACACAAAGACUGGUUUUGCGACGGCGACGACGACUGUUGGGACAAUUCCGACGAAGAAAAUUGUACGUACGCCAAACCGACUUGCGACAAAGACCAAUUUUCUUGCUUAAACGGCGCCUGCAUCGAUUUGAAAUUGAGAUGUAACGGUAUUCCCGAUUGUUUACACGACGACGUAAGCGGAGUAGCCGUCGACGAAGUUAAUUGCGGCACAGGUAACCAGUGCAGGUACGAUCAAUUCCAAUGUCGAAACGGUCAGUUUUGCAUACCACUAUCUUGGCAUUGUAAUGGUGUUGCCGAUUGUUCCGAUCAAAGCGACGAAGAAAAUUGCCAACAACACUGUCAUUCGGAUCAAUUCCAAUGUACCAAUAACGAAUGUAUACCGAAAUCGUGGCAAUGCGACGGCAAUCCCGAUUGCAACGAUCAAUCUGACGAAAGCGAACAUUGUCAAACGAUAACUUGUGCCGAAUACGAAUUUAGAUGCAACAAUACAGGACGUUGUAUACCAUUAUCUUGGGUUUGUGACGGCGAAGCUGAUUGCCAGGAUAACGCAGAUGAACAUAUAUCCCAAGGCUGUAAUUUCGUCAGCUGUCGCAUCGAUCAGUUCAGAUGCUUAAACGGCCAAUGUAUCGACAAGAUCUAUUACUGCGACGGAGAUAGAGAUUGUACAGACGGAUCUGACGAAUGGCAAGAUUGUUAUAAAAUAUGUGACGACGACGAAUUCAAAUGCGACAACGAUAAAUGUAUAUCCGAAGGAGCGAAAUGCGACGGAAAGGACGAUUGCGGCGACGGAAGCGACGAAGGACCGACGUGCGGUGAAACAACGAACGAAGACGGAUAUUGUAAAGGAAAAGGAUGGUUCCAUUGCAAUAACGGAGUUUGUAUUAACGAAACGUUGCUUUGUAACGGCGAAAACAAUUGCGGUGACUUUUCCGAUGAAAAUAAAUGCAGAAUAAACGAAUGUACGGCUACUCCUCCGCCUUGUUCUCAUAUUUGCGUCGAUAAACCGGUAGGGUACGAAUGUCAAUGUCAACGAGGUUUCGCAGUCGAUCCGAAAGACCAUCACCUUUGCAUCGACGUCGACGAAUGCCUGCAGAAACCUUGCAGCCAAAUCUGUAACAACACCAAGGGAUCUUACCAGUGCGGAUGCGUAGAAAAUUAUUUCUUGAGCUUCGAUAAACAUUCUUGUAGGGCCAAUUCCAGCGUUAGGGUCGAUAUUAUAUUAGCAAACAGAUAUUACAUCCGCGAAUUAGAUCUUAUGGGUCACAGUAAUCUUAUAGCACACAAUUUAACCAACGCCGUUGCUCUAGAUUACGAUUGGUCUAGUAAAUGUAUCUAUUGGUCGGACGUCACUCAAUUGGGUUCAUCUAUAAAAAGACUUUGUAAUUAUAAAGAAAAUUCGACGCAAGCUGAAAUAUUACAUUCGCCCAGUUUACAAAACCCCGACGGCUUAGCCGUCGAUUGGAUAGCGAGGAAUUUGUAUUGGUGCGAUAAGGGUUUAGAUACUAUCGAGGUUUCCAAUUUGGACGGUAAGUUCCGUCGUAUAUUGCACGCCAAAGGUUUGGAAGAACCGAGAGCUAUAGCUUUAGAUCCUAGGAGGGGAUAUUUGUAUUGGUCGGAUUGGGGUACUCGCGUACAUAUCGGUAAAGCCGGUAUGGACGGUUCCAAUCCGAAAAUCAUCAUUGAGGAUCAUUUGGCGUGGCCCAACGCUUUGACCGUUUCUUAUGAGACCGAUGAGAUCUUUUGGGCGGACGCUAAAGAAGAUUAUAUAGCAGUUGCUGAUUUAGACGGAAAUAACGUUAAAAUUAUCACUAGUAGAGAAAAGAAUCCCAAGUUACAGCUGCAUCAUGUUUUCUCUAUCGAUAUAUGGGAAGAAUAUAUAUAUUGGACAGACUGGGAGACAAAGACUGUCGAAAGGUGCAAUAAAUAUACCGGUGAAGAUUGCAAAUCAAUUUUAUCAACAGUUCAUCGUCCGAUGGAUCUUAGGAUUGUUCAUCCUCUACGUCAACCGAAAGUCAAAAAUAAUCCUUGUUUAACUGCGAACUGUUCAACGUUGUGUCUCUUAUCACCGAAUCCACCGUAUUACGUUUGCUCAUGUCCUGAGAAUUAUAUUUUGCAUUCGGAUGGUCGUUCCUGCAUUGCAAAUUGUACAUCUGCACAUUUCGAAUGUAAAACGAGCUACAAGUGCAUACCGUUCUGGUGGAAGUGCGAUACCCAAGACGACUGCGGCGACGGUAGCGACGAACCGCCGAAUUGUCCGCAAUUUAAAUGCAUGCCGGGUCAGUACCAAUGCAAAAACGGACAGUGUAUCCACCCCUCCGAUCUGUGUAACGGCAAAAACGAUUGCGAAGACGCGUCUGAUGAAGAUGAUUGCCUCAAUUACACUUGCCUCAAUACCCAAUUCAGGUGCGAUGGUAACGCAACACAUCCUCCGAAAUGUAUAUCGUCCAAACAACGUUGUAAUAAACAGAUCGAUUGUCCGGGAGGUGACGACGAACAAAAUUGUCCGCCGGUUGUUUGUCCUCCGAAUCAAUUCAAAUGUACGAACGAUAAAUGUAUACCGGCCGUAUGGGUGUGCGAUAAAGAUAGAGAUUGCAGCGAUAAUUUAGACGAAGAACAAGAUUGCGACGCGAGGACGUGCGGUCCGCAGCAUUUCAGAUGCAAUUCGGGAAGAUGUAUUCCUCAAGCUUGGGUAUGUGAUGGCGAUCCGGAUUGUACCGAAGGCGAAGACGAACCUCCAACUUGUAGUCAUCCGCAAUAUCACAGUUGCGAACCCUCUUAUUUCAAAUGUAAAAACAACAAAUGUAUACCGGGAAGAUGGAAAUGCGAUUACGAAGACGACUGCGGUGAUCAUUCAGAUGAAGAAAAUUGCACUCCACGAAACUGUUCGGAAUCGGAAUUUAGAUGCAAUAAUAAGAAAUGUAUUAGAGGUGAUAUGAAAUGCGACGGUGAAUUUCAAUGUGAAGAUCGAUCGGACGAGAUCGGUUGCCAUAUUCAAUGUAAAAACAACGCAUUCCAAUGUACCGACCCGAACAUUUGUAUAUAUUUAGAAUGGAAAUGUGACGGAGAAGUCGAUUGUCCGGACGGUUCAGACGAAGCCAAUUGCUCUGAUACUUGUCCUAACAACGGUUUUCGAUGUAAAAACGGUAUUUGUAUCAACGAACAUUGGCGGUGCGACGGGCAAAACGAUUGCGAUGACAGAUCCGACGAGCAAAAUUGUUUCUCGAACGUUUGUCCGCCGGGAAGGUUCAGAUGUAAAAACCACAGAUGUGUUCCGAUCAGUGCUUUGUGCGACGGUAAAAAUCAAUGCGGUGACGGUAGCGACGAAGACAAACAUAUUUGUAGAAGGUACGGUCUUUGUCCAGCUACGCAAUUCUCUUGCAAACAGGGCCACCGCUGCAUCGACGCCACGAUGCGUUGCGACGGUUCCCAAGAUUGCGAAGACGGAUCCGAUGAAACCGACUGCGAAACGUCAGCUUGUAAAUGGGACAGUUGUUCGCAAAUUUGCGUCGAAGUCAGACAAAAUCGAACGGUUUGUAAAUGUUUACCGGGUUAUAGACACGCCGGCGAAGGACAAUGUCAAGCUUUAGGAGAUUUAGCAGAAUUGGUAUUAGCCACCGAAGCUGAACUAAGACUUUUAUCGCCUUAUAAGAGCGGAGAUGAUGAUAGUAGUCAAAGGAAAACUUUAGCCACAGCUCCUGGAUAUAAAGUAGCCGCGGUGGAUAUUUUGUCAAGCGGUCGACAAGCGAUUGCUUAUUGGACAGAUCGACAAUCGAAACGUGUACAAUCUAUUGCUCUCCAAUUGGAAAAAGAUGGAAGAACCAAUAGGGACGCUGAUGUACCGAAAACUAUUUUAUCAAAUUUACAAGAUCCAAGAGGUAUAAGUAUAGAUUGGGUAGCGAGAAGACUUUACAUCGCCGAUGGUAAUAGACUAUUAGCAUCUACUUUGGACGGAAAUUAUUUUUAUACUUUAUUAAAAGCCAAUGCUCCAAGAGAUAUAGUUGUGGCUUCUGAUCACGGUAUCAUGUUCUGGGUGGAAUGGGGUCCACCCGCGAGGAUAGAAACGGCCGAUAUGGACGGUUUUAAGAGGAAGGUACUAGUUGAUACGGAUAUUUUAUGGCCGACAGGUCUGGCUAUAGAUUACGGUACCAAAAGGUUAUAUUGGGCCGAUCCGAAAACUAUGACGGUCGAAACGGUGUUGUUCGACGGUAGCGAAAGGCACGUCAUUAAAAACUUUGAAAAAGACGUUCGCCCAUUCAAGAUAGAAAUAUUCGAAGAAAACCUCUACGUUUCGACGUUAAACAAGCACGACAUAUUCAGAAUGAACAAAUUCGGCAAAGGCAACAUAACAUAUUUAGUACGAGGGCUAACAAGAAUAUCGGACAUAUUAAUCUUGCAAGAUCACAAACAUAUCAAAUUGAACAACACAUGUUACGACUUCUGCAACGAUAGCGAGUUUUGUUUAUUGACGCCUAGAGGCGCCACUUGUUCAUGUCCAGAUGGAUACGUCAAAGACAAUUUGACGUGUAAAGCGGCUUCCACUAAACCAACCGGUUGCUAUCUAAAUUGCCACACAGGUAGUUGUCGGAUUAUACCAGGACAAGGUCCUAAAUGCGUCUGCCCUCCGCAAUACACCGGACCGAGAUGCGAACACUACAGAUGUUCUCAAUAUUGUAAAAACCACGGUUUGUGCUUCGUUGACGUUCAUCCUACAAAAAUUGGAGAUCCAAAACCGCAUUUGAAAUGUACAUGCCCUCCACAGUGGACGGGAGAACGCUGCGAAACUCCUGUAGAUAUCUGUGAAGGAAGAUGUCACAAUCAAGGUACUUGUGUAACGUUAGAAACCGGAGUGCCUGUCUGUAACUGCGCUAACGGCUUUAACGGAUUCCGAUGCGAACACUGCGACAAACUGAACUGUUUCAAUGGAGGAAUUUGCAGAAUUAAUAAUAACAAAGAAGAAUCAUGUGCAUGUCCGCCAGGUUAUAGAGGUCGCUCUUGCGAAAUCUCCAUCUGCGGUAAACACGGUCGACCUUCGAGCGACGGUUCGAAAUGCGUUUGCGCAUCCGGUUACACUGGCGAUGCUUGCGAUCGAAACGUCUGCGAUAAUCAUUGUUUGAACGGCGGGACUUGUCGACAAGGUACCAAACAACUGGAAUGCGUCUGCAAUAAAUUCUUUACUGGCAGGAGAUGCGAAGUCAAUUUAUGUUUGGGACGGUAUCCGCCGAAAGGGUGCAACGAAAAAUGUAAUUGUAAAAAUGGCGGCGAAUGCGUUAAACCCAACGAAGAUAUCGAAGAAUUCGUCUGUCGGUGUCCCGAUACUUACUACGGAUAUAAAUGUGACAAAUACUUAUUGGGACCUACUCCAUGUAUUAACCGUUGUCUGAAUGGAGGAAUUUGCGUUCUCCCCAAUACGGAUCAACCUCCAAUAUGUCAUUGUACCAAACGUUGGACGGGAACUUACUGCGAAAGGCCCGCAGUUUGCGAAAAUUAUUGUGAAAAUUCGGGAACUUGUUCUGUUAGCGAUAACGUACCCUUCUGUACUUGUCCUAAUGGAUACUCAGGCGUUAGAUGCGAAUUGGAUGUAUACGGUAAAGAAGCGAAAAGUCAUGAAUCCAAAACUAUUGUGGUACCGAUAUUAGCGGCCCUAGCAGUCAUAGUAGCAGUACUAAUAGCAGGAUUUCUCAUUUUCGAAUACUAUUUCAAGAAACGAACGAAUUUCUCACACGAAAGAUUGGAAGAAAAUGAUUUUAGUAAUCCCAUGUAUCAAGAAAGAGAAGCAGAGAAUUUCACUCUCGAAGCCGAUAAGGCUGGAAAUUUCGCGAACCCUGUAUACGAAUCUGUAUAUAACGGACCCAGUACCGUUAGAGAUGAAAAGGCAGUACUUCUUGAACACAACGCGGAUGAAUCUGCUUUACCGCCCACCGAAGAACUAUAGUUUAAUUAAUAUUAAACAUAUCAUUUUUUUUGGAAAGAAUGUACAUCACUCGGAUGUCAAUUAAGUUUAACGAGCGUCAAAAAGUAAAACAUAACCUAAUUUAUUUAUAAAAAUAUUGAAGUAAUUUCAUUAUUCGUCUUCCAAUACAUUAAACAACCAUCUUAGGUCAUUUUAAAAUUAAUGUCCUACUUUUCUUUCUUACUGUAUAUAUUAAACGAUAUUAUAUCAUGUUAUUAAUCGAUUCGAUUUUUUCGAAAUAAUCAUAUUGAUAGAAGCGUUCUUUUGCUUUUUGACGUGCGUUUCGCAAAGCUUUCACUAUUAUAAUAUUAAUUGCUGUGACAUGUGCCAUUUUUGGGCAAUCGUUGUAAAUUUUGAGGUUAAUAUUUAAUUUCUUUAUUGUUUAUUAUUGCCCAAUAUCUUUUUGACUAACCGUCUUACAAAAAAAAAUUAUCACAAACCACUAGUCAAAUGUCGAAAUUGAAUCGAUUUGUAACGAUAAUGAGACGUAGAAUAAUCGAUCAUGGUAACAUAAACCACUUGCUAAUAUGCUGUCAGAUGUCAAAAUUGAAUAGAUUUUUGAUCAAAAUGAGAUGUCAAAUAAUCGAUAAUAUAUUGGUUAACAAAAAUGACUUGAAUAUAUUGAUAAAGAUCGAAAUUGCAUCGAUUUCUAAGCACAAUGAAAUGUCGAAUAAUCGAUAAUAAAAUAUUUAAUAGAAAUACGAUGUCAAAUCGCGUAAUCAAUUCGAUUUAUAAUCGGAUGUUUUAUUUGUUAAAUAAUCUUCUUGAAAAUACACUGUCAGAUGUCAAAAUUAAAUCGAUUUAUAACCAAAGUGAGAUGUAGAAUAAUCGAUAAUAAAUUGGUUAACGUAAAUCACUUGAAUACGCUGUCAAAUAUUGAAAUCGAAUCCAUUUUUAACAAAAGUGAAACUCCGAAUAAUCUAUCAUAAAUUUGGUAACCCCAAUCAUUUGAAAAUUCGCUGUCAGAUGUCAAAAUUAAAUCGAAAUGGGACGUUGAAUAAUCGAUAUUAAAUUUACAAACGAAGAUACGCUACGGGAGUUGAAAUUGUAUCGAUUCAUAUCAACAAAGAGACGUCAAAUAAUCGAUGAUAAAUUCGUUAACAAAAAUACGUCAGAUAUCGAAAUUGUAACGAUUUAUAACGACAAUGAGAAUAAUCGAUAAUGAAUUGGUUAUUUGUGGUUUUGUAUAUUUUUUUAAGAUGGUAAGAACUAACAAAAUAAACUCAUACGUCCUUGUAAAUAAAGUGACUGAUUAAAUCGAUUAUAUUUUGUACUAAUCUUUGCGAUAAAAGCUUUAGUUUUUUGUAUUACGAUGGUUGUGUAUGUAUUUCAUGUAAUUUUAAGGCAAUACCAAAAAUAAAAUUCGUAUUUAUACAAAACAAAAUCGCUAUAAAACUUUGGUAUGUCUUAUAAAUUAAUUCAAUCAUCAGCAUUAUAUACAUUUGAAUAUUUAAUCUUAUUUUAUCAAUAAUAGGGAGUUUUUCCCCAAUAAUUCUUGUUAUUUGUCUCUUUCAUUUUAUUUCAUCAUCAUUCUGGCAUUUCCUAUUUUUCUGGUAUAAAUUUUUCAGUAAAUUUUGAUACAUUUCUCAAUUUCUUCCCUCAUACAUAAUUUUAAUUGGAAUAUAUUCUGAUAAUGAUAAUAAAAGCGAAUAACAAGAUAAAACUUACCAUAAAGUAACACUAUUAACAAUAAACUCUUCAGGUAAGAUGUUUCCUGGUCUUCAAAAAUCAAAAGAAAACAAUAAUAAUCGAAAUCUUGUCCAAGUUCAAAUUUCCGGAACCGGUCAGAUACAGUAGGUGAACAGUUCUCCAACAAUUCGUUUGUUAUAUUCAAAAUAUUUCUAAUUCAAAUGAAACUUCCGUAACUUCAAUAAUAAAAUCAAAAAUUUCUUGCUGAUGUACCAUAAAAUCUUAUUUUUAUGGAAAUUUCCUUCUCUUAUCUUUCAGUAUCAUGAUACACUGGUGAUAGAAGCCAGAGUUAGGUCCUUGGAGAUUAUUCUUUAUCAGCAUAUCGAACUGAUGUUACAGAAUAUAGUACGUUGAGGUCUUAUCUAUAAAGAAUGCUUAUCUUUUUUCAUUUUACAAUUUUUCUUCAUCUAAACCUAUUCUUCCUUUAUCCCAAAGCUUGCUUUCUUCCUAUUCUUUUUUCGUUACAAACUGAAUCUUCCCCAACAUCAAUAAUAGAACCACAAACUGAAAUUUAAUCUACUAAAUUACUCUCUCUUGGAUUUUUAACAAAAACUUUAUUGUUUAUGGAAAAAUUCCGAAUGGGCAACAAUACGUACGUACAUACAUGCAUAUUGGUGGACACCUAGCUUAGCCACCCCCAUGGAGAGAUGAACUAUUUGACCCAAAUGCUCUCUGGACACGGAUACUUCACAAGUUCAAACAUGAAGAUUCCUCAGAGUGUCCAGCAUUUGCAGGUACCAAUGGAACACAUAUUCUUGAUAUGUUCAAGCUUCGUCAAUGCUAGGAAUCUUCAAUAGGAGUAGGAGUAACGCCUGGUAAUAAUUUGGAGGAUAUGCCGUCAAUGGAGUUUGUUUGGGUUGAGGAAACUAUGCUAUGAAGAGAACAAAAGGUGGAAGGAGCAAAAUUGAAAGAGUGGCAAUAAUUUACGCUAGAUCGUUACUCCGAGAAGUAAUAAAAGAAGUUUAUUAGUCGGUAUGGGAAUUGUUUUUACUCCGACAUAUCAGGCAGAACACCAAACGGUAAAUUUGUAUCGAAACCUCUGUCCCUGUCUUACAAAACUUGUUUUCUUCCAACAAUCAGUUAUGAACCGAAACUUUUCUCAGCAUCAACAGCAGAAUCAAAAACCAAAUGUUAAUCUACUUUUCUCUUUUGAUGGAAAAUAUCUCCUCUAAUCUCCUCCAUUAUCAUGAUAAAUUUGUAAAAGAACUUAAAGAGCUUGUUAGAGGUGGUUCUUUAUCAGCAUUUUGAUCUACUGGUACAGAAUAAGAUACCUUGAGGUCUUAUCUAGAAAUAUUGAUCAUUAUUUUUCAUUUUUUGUUAAAAGCUGCACUACAUAAUCGUGUUACUGAAUAUAUGAUUUUUAUACUGGCUCAAUAUAUGUUGAAAAUCCUAUCGACAGCGCCAAUUUUUUUCAUCCACUAAAAUUCUUUUCCAUUACUAAUCGCUUUAGGUGAUUUUACAUCAUCCUUGUAUUCUGAAAAUCUAUGAGGAUUUCAUUUAUUUACAAUACAGGAUAAGAGCUAACAAACUCCAAGUGUGAUGCACUGUAUUUCUUCUAAGUGAUAUAACUAGACUCACCUAGUUUUUGAUUCCAUUGUUGAUGGUUUUAAUAAAAAAACAAACCUCACAAAAGGAGUCUCUGAGAUGAUAAUUUAGUUCCAGAAACGUGCAUCAGAUAGUGGAAUAUUUAGUGAUAGUUUCUUGGUAGUAAACAGUGUGUUCGUCCAAAUAUUGUCAUGUAUACAAUAUAGCUGUAACUCUAUUUUAAAAGUGAAGGUUGCUCAAACAAAAUUUAGAUUGAGCAAGGAAAUAACGAUAUUAAUUUGCCAAUUGGAAAAAGUAUCCGAUAUAAAGAGACUACUAAAGAAGUUCAAUUAGAUAUUCAGUUAACUAAUAAUAAAUAGUGAAUUUCUACGAACGAUAUAUAUACAGUGUGUUUUAAUUAAAUAUACACAUAAUUAUUAUAUUUUUGAUGAUUCUUAUGUCAAAUACGAAUUAUAUUUUUGAUUAAUGAUAGUGCUCAAUUUGAAAAAAAUGAAUACUCAAAUUUGUUCGUGAUUUUGUUCUGGUAGCUAAAUUUUUUCUAUUAGAAAUAUAUAAAAGCUGCAAUAUUUUGUAGCACGAGUGGCCAAAAUUUUAAGACAAAAAAAGUCCAACCAUACAAUAUUUAGUAAGUAAUAUUUUAUAUUAUUGAUUCGUAAUAAAAAUUUUUUCUGUAUGUAUAAAAAUGAAAAUUAUAUGUGACAAAUUUAA